AUGCAGGAUGAAAUGGAGCUGAGCGAUCCGCCUGAGGCUGAUGCCAUGUCCGUGUCUGCGGAGCCGGAGGAACCCAUCGCGCCAGAGGAGAAGGAGCCUCUGGAGCGGGCCGGCGACGCAGCGCCGGCACCAGCGGCACCAGCGGCACCAGCACAUGAGCGAUCUGGCAAGGCCCCCCGGCCUACCCUGAGCAGCUCGCGCUCGCGCACCACGUCCUCUCGGACCUCCGCACAGAUGCGACGGUUGUCGCUGAUGCCCGAGGUGCAGGAGGCGGCCCAGCAGUGCCGCAAGGAGCUGCAGCAGCGGGCGCAGGAACUGAACGCCAAGGACCUGCGAGAGCUGCGCCAGUUGCUGCGACCCCCGCGCCAGGUGAAACAGGUCAUGGACACGAUUUGCAUGCUGCUGGGGGAGAAAGCUGGCAACAAGGGCUAUAAUUGGAAGAAGAUCUUGACGGAGUCCCUGCCCAACAAGUUGGCCGACUUCGACCCCCAGGCCAUGAGCAGCGCGCAACGGAGCAAGGUGCUGGAAGCCCUUGGGGAUCAAGACUUUUCACAGGAGGUGCUGGCAAAAACUCACCAACCGUGCAUAGGGUUGUCCAGAUGGUGCGCAUGCAUCAGCAACUUCGUGAGCAAAAGCAACCACCUGGUUUCGGAAGGAAAAUCCUUCAAUGCCGCCAUGCUUCCCACCAUCUCUGUGGACUCCCUGGGUGGUAGCGCCCCAUCUCUGAAGGGCAGCGGUGCCAAGGGCCCCAAGGGCCCCAAGGGCCGUAGCCAAAGCCCAGGGAAUCGACGUGGUGCGGUGAAUGGGAAAGGCAAAGGUCGUGACCCCUCACCCUUCGUGGUGGAACCGGACCUGCGAAGCCUCAGCAGCAGCGAGUUGACCAAGGUGUCCGAGCUGAAGGUAAUUAAGCCCAAUGUCGGAGAGGUUGUCUUUCACGGCCUCACCGAUUGUACCGACUUGGACGUCGCCAGAGAUAUCGUGCUGAAACGUGGCUAUGUUUUGGUCUAUCCUGAUCAGAAGAAUAAGCCGCCACCGGGGGAAGGCCUCAACAAGCACGCCACGGUCACCAUGUACCAAUGCUUUCCCCCAGGGGAACCCAUCAGGACACUGAGUGACGAAGCUGUGCAAGAGUACAAGGAUAAGAUCCGGCGCAUGACGGAGGAAAACAGCGCGUGCACCUUCAUUGACUAUGACUGCCAAACAGGUGUGUGGAAGUUCCAGGUGGAACGCUUCUGA